AUGCAAGACAGGCAACGCAAGAUUGAAGAAAAAGAACAAGCUAUGAUGAUUCAACUAGAAGAAGAAAAACAGCAAUUAGCUGACGAGGCUAAAGCAGCACUCGAAGAAAAUAUACGAGAACAGAGGCGACUCGGAGUCGAAGAAAAAGCUUGUUUAGAGGAAGAAUUGGCGAGAAUCCCAGCUGAAGAGCAAGCUCGAGCUGAGCUAGCCGAGAAGAUCACAGCUGAAGAGCUGAGCAAGAACAAGCCCAUUGAGCUCAACUUGAACAUAAGACAAAGAUUGAAGAACUCGAACGAAGGACUUGUACAGUUGAGGCUAGACGUUUCAAGGCGCUCCAAGGAGCCAACUUUGAAACAGAGCGAGAACGACUGGCUUAGGAGAACGCUUUAA